CAGGCGAGUAAUCCAAGAAAACAAAUCCCAAAUCCGGUUAGUUCAUGCCCUCCUCUCCAUCGCAGCGAACCGUCCCAGCAGUGCAGGCAGGCCGGCAGGCAGGCAGCGCUCCCCGCACACACAGCGGCCCAGAUACUUCACCGGAGCUCCGUGAUAUUCAGAUUUAAAACACACGCAGGACAGGAGAAAACAGAUGUGUGUGUGUGUGUGUGUCCUCCAGACUUUUCCUGUGGUGAGUGUGUGGAAGUUUGUCCCGAGUCCUGCCUCCCUCCCUCGCCUUGGACUCUCCCCCACCUCUCGGUGCGCGCACGGAGGGAGGGUGUGAUUGGAGGAGUGCGGGAAUCCCACCUGCUUCCAUUGGAUUACAGAGGCGCACCGUGGCUGACUGGAGGAGGGGCUCAGAGUCUGGGGGUGCAGAAACCUUUCAAAGAGGUGAUUGAUGUCAGCUCAGGUGAUCCUCACAAAGCAGGAAUGAAGCCUGUCUCAUUCGUUCGACAGGUGUUGGCAGUGUGUCUGUACCCCGAGCUGCUGAAAGACAACAAGCUUCCUCUGGAUGUCCGGCAGAGGGCUCAGAGGCUCCUGCAGGCCUGUGAUGGAGAUAGUGUGGGUUCCUAUACAGACUCCUCUGGCUUAACUUAUGUCAGGCAAAGCAUCGCUGAGUUCAUCAUGAGACGGGACGCAGGAGUGCCUUCGUACACCAAAGACAUCUUCAUUUCUGCUGGUUCUCAUUCAGCCCUGGUGGUGGUUGUGAAGCUGCUGGCCGGUGUGGAGGGGGAGAUCCAAACAGGUGUGUUGACCCCGACGCCUGGCCCGCACACGCUCCCCAAGCUGCUGGAUGAGUGCAGUGUGACAAUGGUGCCAUACCAGCUGAUGGAGGACCAGGGCUGGGCUUUAGACCUGGAUGAGCUGCACCGAGCUCUGACGGUCGCUAGGGGGCACUGUAACCCAAGAGCAAUCUACAUCAGCAACCCAGGGAACCCCACAGGUCAUGUGCAGGACAGGAAAUCAAUAGAGGAAGUGAUUCAGUUUGCAGCAGCUGAAAGACUUUUACUGCUGGUUGAUGAGGUGUACCAGGAGAGCGUGCAUGGACAGGGCAGAGAGUUUAUUUCCUAUAAAAAAGUCCUGUUUGAGAUGGGCAAAGAGUACUCGGAGACGGUGGAGAUGGUUUCCUUCCACUCUGUAUCCAGCACCAGCUUCGGAGAGUGUGGUCUGAGGGCAGGAUACAUGGAGGUGGUCAACAUGGAUCCAGAAGUGAUGCAUUAUGUUGAGACUUUGCUGUGCACGAACAUCUGCACUCCAGUCACAGGACAGCUUGCUCUGGAUCUCAUGGCGAACCCACCGAAACCUGGAGACUCUUCCUAUGACACAUACACACAGGAGAUUGUCCUCAUUCGCACCACCUUGUCCCAGAAUGCUCGACGGGCUCAGGAGUUCCUGAAUGAUCUACCAGGGAUGAGCUGUCAGUCAGCGAUGGGUGGAAUCUACCUUUACCCCCGCCUGCAUUUACCUUCUGAGAUUAUAGAGCAGGCCAAGAAAUCGGAGGUGGAGGCAGACGUUCUGUACUGUCAGAGGUUACUGGAGGGGGAAGGUGUGUUGGUAGGAGCAGGAUGUCAGUACGGUGAAAAAACUGGCAAACACCAUCUGAGGCUUUGUACCCUUGUCCCUCCUGACACCUUGGAUGAGGUCCUGGCCCGCCUUGGUUCCUUUCACCUUCGCCUCAUGUCAGGCACAACUUCACCGUGACAGGGAUUUAAAGGACAGAGACAUGGGUGGGAAAUAUUGGGGACAAAAAAACAGAUCAACUCAGUGUAAAGUGUUAAAGUGUAACUUAGUAACCCCAACAAACUGAACAUCAUGUUUUAUGACAUCAGUGAAUGAAAUGAAUGUUUUAAAGGUUUCAGCCUUCAGAUCAUACUUUGUUUUAUUUCAUAAUUUGACCUGUGACAGUUUUCUUCUGUAAAAUGCAAAUAAAA